AAUUAUGCGUUGGAAUUUACCUCGACUGUUUUGUGUUGGUGUACCUGGUUAUUCGUCAUACAACAACGUUGUAUUAUCUUCCAAGGUACACGCACAGUUGUCUUCUCCAGUUGCCAAGUGGAGUCCCUUUAUUUCAACAACUAGUAUGUGGUACAAACCAAGAAGGGUUCAUAAUAAAGUUGAUACAUCUACAAAUGAGCCUGUAACAACGAGUAUUGGUGUAACUGAACAGACUCAGCAAACAAAGUCAAGUCCUACCGAGUCCCGUCAAGUAUUGUUGUCAAACCCCGCUUUAGUUGUCUGCAGAGAGUUGGAAUGGGGAAAUAUAUUUUUUGGGUUCGAACAAGCCAAUAAGUAUUCUUUAAAGACACCUGACGGUCAAGUUGCUGGUUACAUUGCAGAGGAAGAUGGACUUGGUCGAUCUUUGCUUCGAAAUAUUCUUCGAACGCAUCGUUCUUUUAAAGCCACGAUAUUGGAUCCAACUGGUCAACCCGUUAUGGUAAUCAGAAGACCAGCUUAUCUUUUGACCAGUUCUCUUUAUGUGGAAACUCCCGAAGGAGAGUCCAUCGGUGAGAUACGAAUGAACUGGCAUCCUUGGAGAAGAAAGUAUGAUUUAUACGUAAAUAAGAGACAGUUUGGAAAGAUUGAUUCAGGCUUUCUAGCAGUGGAGUUUCCAAUACAAGAUGAACAUGGAAAUGUGAUUGGCAGUGUAAGCAAAGAUUUCACAGGCUUUGCAAAAGAGUUGUUUACCGAUGCUACACAAUACGUUGUUCGUCUAAGACCACCUAGUGAACUUGUUUUAGACAACAACGGCAUUAUUCAAAUGAAUAGCAGCGUCACCAAUCCUGCUGAAACCAACACAUCUGAAACGAGUCUUAGUACUGAGGAAAGAGCAGUUUUAUUUGCAGUUGCAGUAUCUGUCGAUUUUGAUUAUUUUUCCUUGCAUAGUCGUCAUGGAAGUUUUAUGCCAUUCCCAUUUAUGAUGCCAUUUCCAUGGCCAGGAAGUGGAGGAGGAGGAGGAGGAGAACAAGGAGAACAAGAAAGUGCAAAUAGUCAAGAUAAUCCAACCUCCAAGGAUACUUCAUCUACUGGAACGACAGAGCCUGAUGGAGAUUCUUCCAAUGGAUUUGGAGAAGAUUCGAAAUGGGCUCACUUUGAAGAAGGAAAAUUUGAAGAACCUGACAAUAUGUUUGAAGAAGAUAAUAGUAGUGGUUGGAGUUUUGGUUCCUUUUUCGGAGAUGAUGACGAUGAUGAUGAUUAGAUAGGAUAUUCUGAUGCAUGUAAG